AGUCCAUCCCGCCUGCCCAGUCAGCGCGGUGCCGCCGGGCCGCCGCCCAGGGGGAUGCGGGAGCGGCCGGGCCCCGGGGAGUGGAGAGGCCGGCCGGUUGAAGGCCAGGGCGAGCGCCGCGCACAGAGAAGGGUCGGGAGUGGGCUUGAUUGCCAAGUGACAGGAAGAGGGGAUCCUAUUGCUUAGUGACUUGGGGGGGGCCUUGUUGCCAGGUGACAAGAGGCGAGAACCCUGGCUAUUGACAAGGGGAAGUCUUCCGUUGCUAGGCGACCAGAAGAGGACCCUGUUACCUAGAGACGGGGAAGAAGGAGUUCUCUAUUGCUAGGUGACGGUGAUCUGGACCCUUUUGCUAAGAGAGGAUGUGGUGGGGAUGGUUGUCUAUUGCCAGCAGGAGCAGAGGAGGGCAUGUCUCAGGCCCCAGAAGCAAGGCCGAGCGCGCCCUCGGUGUACCACGAGCGACAAAGGUUGGAGCUGUGUGCCGUCCACGCACUCAACAAUGUGCUCCAACAGCAGCUGUUUAGCCAGGAGGCCGCGGAUGAGAUCUGCAAAAGGCUAGCCCCAGACUCCCGCCUGAACCCUCAUCGAAGCCUGCUGGGCACCGGCAACUACGAUGUCAAUGUGAUCAUGGCGGCUCUGCAGGGCUUGGGCCUGGCCGCCGUGUGGUGGGAUAGAAGGAGACCCCUGUCACAGAUGGCCCUGCCCCAGGUGCUAGGCCUGAUCCUGAACCUGCCCUCGCCAGUGUCUCUGGGGCUGUUGUCACUGCCACUGCGGCGCCGGCACUGGGUGGCCCUGCGCCAGGUGGGUGGCGUCUACUAUAACCUUGACUCCAAGCUACGGGCACCCGAGGUCCUGGGGGAUGAGGACGGCGUCAGGGUCUUCCUGGAGACAGCCCUGGCCCAGGGCCUGUGUGAGGUGCUGUUGGUGGUGACCAAGGAGGUGGAGGAGGCCGGCUGUUGGCUGCACACAAGCUGACCCACCGGCUGCAGAUGACCGCCACCUGCUGCCACAGCCGAGUUCCCAGUGCCUAGAAAGGACCUACACUUUAGGUCCCUGGGAGGCGCACCCUGCCCCCCAUGCCGCUGUUGCCUCAAUAAAUCUGGUCUUUUGCUGUGUC